CGUGACGUUUCGCUGCCCCUCGCUUGGCGAGGCACGUGUGCGCUUGCAUGGAUGAUGCUUGCUGCACCGCAUUGCACUGACACCGCCCUCUCUCGCACACCACAGUGCCCCCAAACGCACCCGCUCCGCCGUCACUCGUGCCCUCCACCGCAUCUCCAGUCGCGGCGAUGUCCCCACCUUAACCACCGCCGCCGAAGAACCCCCCGUCCCCUCCAGCCCAGCCGAACCCCCCACCCUCUCCUCCCGCACCAGCAUGCAAUCCACCACGCGUCCGCACCUUAGCACCACCAUGAGCAACACACCGCAGACGCCCACUGCGGCCUCAGCAGGAGGAAGAGUAGACCCCAGCUCCGCUUCUCCCUCUGCCGGCACUGCGCCAAGCGGCAGCAUCGAGCAGAGCGUACGGCUGUUCAAAGUCUUCGAGGCGCUGCGGAGCGGCGACACCGCUGCCGUCGCCAAAGCCGCCAAAGAAGAUGGGGAGAAUCGAUUGGAAGGGACGACGAUGCUGCAUUUGGCCAUUCAGUGUGCCCAGCAGCCCGUCAUCGAUUACCUUCUCUCCCAUCCCGGCACCGACAUCAACGCGCGAGACCGCGAUGGCAACACUCCUCUGCACAUCGCUGCCAUGCUUGGCCGUGAGCCGAUUGUGAAGUUGCUCCUCGUUCACAAGGGGGCCAACGAGUCGAUUACGAAUUUGCAAGGCAAGACGGCGCUGGAUCUGGCGCGUAAUGCCGACAUCUUCCAGGAGCUGCAGCUUGCGCGAUCUGUCUAUAUUGACGGGCAAGUUAGGAAAGUGCAUCAGCUGGUGGAGGCGGGCAACUACGAAGGUUUGGAGCAUCUGUUGAACGAUAGCCAUGUGCGCAGUGUGCUCGAUGUCAAUGGGCCCGAGCUCGCCAGCGAUCCCGCGACGAUGGAGCAUGGAGGGACGCUGUUGCAUGAAGCAGCUCGCAAACGCGAUCUCAAACUCGCCCAGCUCCUUCUGCUCAACGGCGCCGAUCCUUUUCGCCGCGAUCGCAAGGGCAAGCUUCCUCAAGAUGUCACAAAAGACGACCGCACGCGUGCCAUUUUGAAGAAGUCUCCCGCCGCUCAAGCCGCUCAGCGGAACAUACAAGAGAGGACGAUCCUUGGCGAGAGCGCGCAAACUGGCGCUGCCCCGAGUACAGAUGGAGGUCCGGGCGGGAAAGAAGGCAGAGAGAUGAAAGGAUACUUGCGCAAAUGGACCAACUACACAUCUGGAUACAAACUGCGCUGGUUCGUGCUUGAGGACGGCGUGCUGUCGUACUACAAGCAUCAAGACGAUGCAGGGAGCGCAUGUCGUGGAGCCAUCAAUAUGCGCAUCGCGAAGCUGAACAUGGACCCAAAGGACAAACUGCAGUUCGAGAUCCAUGGCAAGAGCAGCGUCAAGUACAGCCUCAAGGCCAAUCAUCAAGUGGAGGCGAAGCGAUGGUUCUGGGCGCUGAACAACGCCAUUCAAUGGGCCAAGGACGAGGCCAAAGAAGAGCAGAAGAGGCAGCAGCAAGAGACGCUUGCGAUUCGAGAUGCACGCAACGAGCAGAUGGAGCGCAACAAGGGUGAUGGUGCGCCCACCGUGGGCGGUCUGGUGCCCGCUACUGCAGUCGUCUUUCGCACCGGCGACACGACUCCCGCUGGCGGAUCGAUGAUGGGCGAUCAGACUUCCACCUACGCCACCAGCGAUGCCGGGCUUGAACUGAAUAAAACCAUCAGUCGGACCAACACCGCAGUCAUCGCCGGUGACGUGGACGAGGAAGAGGAGUACGGCGAUGACGCCAGCGACAACGAGCUGCAGCCAAUGAAUCGCGACGCUUUCUCCAUUACUGCGCAGAGCGCGAAGCUGCAAUUGGACCUCCUCGAGCAGAUCUCGACCGCAUUGCAAGCGCAAGGCAAAAAGCAGCCCGACCUCUCCGUCUCCGACCCCGUGGUUCUCCAGGCUCUAGCCUCGUACGAUAUCGCCGUUAGCAAUCUCAAAGCCGGACUGGUGGAUUUGCUUCGCAUCAGUCGCGACCACGAAGCUUAUUGGCAGUAUCGUCUGGAUCGCGAGCAGGACAUUCGCCGCUUGUGGGAGGACAGCAUGGCGCGGGUGGCGCAGGAGCAGGAGGAGUUGGAGACGCGCAUUGGCGAGAGCGAGGACAAGCGGAAGCGUACUAAGCGUGCGUUGAAGGAAGCCUUGGAAGGUGGAGCUGUCGGUGCCGCUGCUGGCAGUGUGGUGGCCGCGGCUGCUGCCUCUGCUGAUGACGAUCGACGGUCCUCGGCUCUGGGUAAAGAAGUAUCGCCUGAAGCCAUCAGGCCGGUGGGAAGGAGACCAACCAUUGCCCAGCUCACAAACAACGAACUCUCCGACGACGAAAGCGAGGAAGACGAAGAGUUCUUCGACGCGGUCGACGCGGGCGAGGUGGAGGUGCGGGAGGACAGGCCCGUGAUUUCGCCCACGGCGGCCGAAGCAACAGAAGCCAGCCUGGUGCCUGUGCAAAGGCAAGACACGAAUGUGCGCGCGCAAGAAAUUGCCAAGUCCUUCCGCGGUUACGAAGAUGGCAUCCGCAAGAAGCUGAAGCUCGAUGCGGACAACCGUCCGAAAGUCAGCCUGUGGGGUAUCCUCAAGUCCAUGAUUGGCAAGGACAUGACUCGCAUGACUCUGCCGGUUUCUUUCAACGAGCCCACGUCGCUGCUGUAUCGUGUCGUGGAAGACAUGGAGUACACGGAUCUGCUCGACAUCGCCGCCGAUCGCCAAGACUCUACGGAGCGACUGGUAUACGUUGCAGGCUUUGCAGCGAGCGAGUACGCCAGCACGAUCGGCCGCGUGGCGAAACCCUUCAAUCCGCUCCUCGGCGAGACGUACGAGUACUGCCGCCCGGAUCUGGGCUACCGCUUCUUCAUCGAGCAAGUAUCGCAUCACCCGCCCGUCGGCGCGGCCUACGCCGAAAGCCCGAAAUGGGACUACUACGGCGAGAGCGCGGUGAAGUCGAAGUUCUACGGCAAGAGCUUCGAAUUCAACCCGCUGGGGACCUGGUUCCUGAACCUGCGCACGCCCGACGGCGGCUCGGAGCUCUACACGUGGAAGAAGGUGACGUCGAGCGUGGUGGGCAUCAUUACCGGCAACCCGACGGUGGACAACUACGGCCCGAUGGAGGUGAAGAACUGGACGACGGGCGACGUGUGCUAUCUCGACUUCAAAGCGAAGGGCUGGAAAGCCAAUUCCGCGGGGCAAGUUACGGGCAAGAUUGUGGACGCCGCGGGGCGCACGUGCUGGUCCGUCGGUGGGCGGUGGAACGACAAGAUCUACGCCCGCCUGACGCCGGGGUACGAAGCGGACGUCGGCGCCGCGUCGGAUGCAGGCAACAAGAACCCCGCCAUCCUGGUGUGGGAAGCGCACCCCCGCCCCACCGGCAUCCCCUUCAACAUCACGCCUUUCGUCGUCACGCUCAACGACCUCCCGGACCGGCUGCGCCCUGUCCUCCCGCCUACGGACUCGCGCCUGCGCCCCGACCAGCGCGCCAUGGAGGAAGGCGAGUACGAUUUCGCGGCGGUGGAGAAGACGCGGGUGGAGGAGGGGCAGAGGGCACGGAGGCGGAUGAGGGAGGAGCGAGGCGAGGAGUUUGAGCCGAGGUGGUUUAGGAAGGAGGCGAGGCAUCCGGUUACCGGGGAGCCGUAUUGGCUGUUUAACCAUCAGUACUGGAAGGUGAGGGAUGAGGUGGCGGAUGGGAAGAGGACGUGGCGGGAAGAGGGGUUGGAGGAUGUGUUUUGCGUGGAGGGGGGGUCGUAGG